ACAAGAAAUAGUGUUGAUGUGAAGUGAUUAUUUUUAAUGCUUGGAGAGACGGAGAGUCACUACUGUCUGACGCUCAGAAUAUCGUCUUUCUCGCCGCAGUCCUCGUGAUGAACAUGUUGUGGUGGUCGCUGAUCUUGGUGGCUGGUGCGCUGCCACUUGUAUUCUGCCUGCAAGAAUCCAUGGACAGCAGCAAGGACCAGCAGCAAGACUACAGACUGGACCUGAUGGCCGCGUCCAUCAGGCAGCUGACAGAACUAGCUGAGAAACUGGACAAGAAACUCAAACUAGUGCAGACAAUGGAAAAGAGACUUGAACUAGUGGAGAAGGAGCAAAAAAGACUGACCGAGCAAGAUACUAUUCAUGAGAAACUGAAAGUAGAUGUGGCUGUAGACAGGACUAUAGCAGGUCAACCGGAAUCUCACCUGGAAAAAAGGUCAGACGACACGGCCAGUUGGGAGCCUGUGGUGGCUCAGGUGACACAAAGACUGAAUCUGGCGGAGGCCAACAUUGAGGCUUUGAAGAAUUCAGUUGUCGCAGAUCAGCAGAGAACAGGUACGGUUUACGUGCGCUGGGGGAACAGCAUAUGUCCCGGCUCGGCGGAAACAGUCUACUCAGGUAUCGUUGGAGGAUCGUGGUUUAACGAUGUAGGAUCAGCAACUAGUUACCUAUGUCUGCCACAUGAUCCGAACUUUGGCGGCCACACUAUUCCCAGAUACGGGAAUGGCAAACUGUACGGCGCUGAGUACGAAACGUGUGAUGAGCCGGAGUGUGACCUCACUCCCUCCUGUGCCGUGUGUCGCAUCUCACGGGAGUCGUACUUCAUGCUCCCAGCCAGGAACACCUGCUAUCCAGGGUGGACUUUUGAAUAUUCUGGGUACAUCAUGGCAAGCUACCCCAGCCAUUCGGGAGGAACUGAGUACAUCUGUGUCGACUCUAGUCUAAAUUACACGGAGGGCUCUGGGGGCGAUCAGAACGGCGCCAUGCUUCAUUACACAGCCUACGUCUGUGGCAGUCUGCCAUGUCCUCCCUAUAUCGAGCAUAGAGUGGUUGUUUGUGUCGUUUGCUCCAAGUAAGAAGGUUUCAGUUACACCAAUGCGGUUUUUAAUAGGAGAGUAGAGGUGACUCUCUAACCCUGUCUCCCUCGUGUGUCCGUGCGUGCGUUAUUUUUUUUUUUUCUCUACGUGAAUAAAGCAUUUCCACGUGAGCUCGUGACGUAAGGUCGCCUCUGGCAUUCAGCCUGACGUAGAUGCUUACAACAUCUUUAUUUUUUGUUGGUUGAACCUGAAACUACAUCAAUGGAUCAAUAAAGGUUUCAUGCAAUACA